AAUACUAUUCCUGGCCGUUAAGUUAGUUAUGCAUUUCUGCGUUUUGAGUUGACUGCAGCCCUUAUCGCUUGUCGUUUUGGUUCCCUUUGUUAUUCCCUUCAUCGUUCCCAUGCAAACCCUAAAAUAAUCCCUCUUUUCCCUCCAAAUUCAAAUUCAACCAAAUUGAGAACAUUUCAUUGUCGCAAUGUUCAAUUCAAUUUUUCUUAUCGUUGUUGUUGUCUCUACAUUGAUGUGUAGCUUUGUGAAUUCAAUGCGGUUUAACCUUAAUUCGGAUCAACCUAAAUGUAUCACCGAAGACAUCAAGAGAAACGCCAUGACCAUCGGUAAAUACUCCGUCGUUAAUCUCAAUGAAGGUUACCCGAUUCCUGAUUCUCACAAGAUAACUGUCAGGGUCCGUUCACCUAUUGGGAACAAUUACCACUUUGGGAAUCAUGUGGAUUCUGGUAAUUUUGCAUUUACUACAACUGAAGCUGGUGACUACACAGCUUGUUUUUCGGUGCUGGAACAAAAACCGUCAAUAACAGUAACCAUUGAUUUUGAGUGGAGAAGUGGUGUGGCUGACAGGGACUGGUAUAAAGUUGCAAAAAAAGAUAAGAUUGAAGUAAUGGAAUAUGAGUUGCAGAGGUUGUAUGACACUGUCACACUCAUCCACGAGGAGAUGUUUUAUCUUCGUGAAAGGGAGGAAGAGAUGCAAGAUCUGAACAAAGCAACUGAUAACAAGAUGUUUACCUUCAUUUUCCUUUCUAUCAUUGUUUGCUUGUCUGUUGCUGGUUUGCAACUAUGGCAUUUGAAAAUAUUCUUUGAGAGGAAGAAGCUCCUCUAAGAUCCUUCACACAAAUUUUAUCCAUUUGGUUA